UCGAACAGACAAUAAUAACAGCCAUUAUUAAGCCGCAUCAAAAGCCAUAAAGCACCAUUAAAUUUGAAGCGAUUUGAAAAAUACAGUCACGAUAUUCUUUAAAGCGUUUGCCUUUCGCGCUGGAAAAUAUGAGAGACACGAACCAAUAUCUGAGUUUUUGUUGCAGUUUCGUUCCAGCAGUCGACCAUACAUGCCAUUCGUAGUUUUUCCGCGAGCUUCCCAGCCAGACGACAAAGCGUGGCCACCGUCUUGAUGUUGGGACAGAACGCAGGAGCUAAAGCCGGCCCUGUGCCCGCCAAAUCGUCAACGCAGGAGAAGAGGGCUACGAUUGGGAGUGAGAUGGGUGAGGUUGAAGAUGAGAGAGGGGCCAAACGUCGGCUGGUUAGAGAGAAUACUGAGGAGGCUGAUGACAGUCAGGACUUCAGCCACGAAAAGCGCUCGACCUGUUUUACCGUCGACUUUAAAAGCAGAGUAGACAGUACAACAUCGCGAACAUCCACAGCUAUAGGCAGCGUACCAACAACCUUUGGAGAAACAAUUGGAGAAAAAGAUAAUUCUGCAAAACCAGCUGACGAACAGGAUCAAUAUGACUCGCCAAAAGAAAAACAAUGCUUGCACAUGUACAGGAAAAUGACUGCUAAAGGCAUCAAUGUAUCCUUUGACACCAUUUUAAGGGGAAUGUUGACUCCUACUGAGUAUAGACUUAGUAAAAAGAAAAUGGAGGCCAUUAGGAGUGAAGCUCAUGCUAAAGAAGAAAACAAAAGGGAUGAUGAUAAGAGUUAGAUAAGUAGUACCUUAGGACAUUUUUUAUAGUUUGGAUGAUUAUAUGUAAAGAAAUAUAGCUCUUCUGGAUGUUGUCA